AUGCAGUUCGGGUUCUUCCUACUGCUAAUCGCUGCCGCCGUCCUCACAAGCUGUGAGGUGGCCUCGGCCUCCGCCGACGUGGCCGCCACGCUCUCCAAGACGACUUCCUCGUAUCUCUUCGCGGAUGCACCUGAUGCUGCUGGCAAAGGCAGCCGAUUCUUGAGGAGCGACGUGGCUGAAGAUGCUAAACGCAACAACCAACUGGGCGAAGAAGAGAGGGCAAACGCCUUCACUGAAUACCUGAAGACCAUAAUGGCAAAACUCCUGGGUAAUCCAAAGAAGGCGGAUUUGACCAGAACCUUCCCGUCACCUCCAAAAGCGGAUGUACUGCAGAGAUCCAAGUCGUUUUCGGGUAGAAAUGCCGAGGUGCAGAAGCUGACCCGGUCGAAGUCGCUCUCGAGUCUGAAGUCGAACCCAAAUCUCGAGCAGGCGGCCGACGAAGUUCUACUGGCGGCUGCAACGAAUGUGGUCAAACACUUCGACACUUUUAUCGGGCGGAGGCAAGAUCCCGACGCGAUGUUUCGGCAUUUCAAACUCGAUCCCCGGGUGGCGAGGGCGGGUACGGUUUCCGAUGAUACACUGUUGGACGCGGCGAAGGGAAAUCCAGAAGUUUUGGGGCAGUACGUGUUGUGGAACGAGUACUUGGCGUUCUACAAGGAGAAAUAUCCGAAGUGGGUUAGCAUGCUUAAGUAA